CCAUGAUUCGCUUUCUUCCACCAUACGUCUAUCAUCACACGCAUAUACGUCUACAAAACAGCAUCGGUCCGCUACUCGCAGCUUACUGUUUAUCUUGUGCUCGGUUCUCGACUUCUCUCCAUCGUCUACAGCUGACUUAGACGUGAACAAACUCUCAGCAUGGCCUCCAGCGAAAUCAUAAUAUCACCAGGACAACACCUGACUGGUAUCACGACAACGUACACGGUUGCUAUCUUCAUUCCGAUGGCCGUAAUCGUCAUGUCUCUACGGCUACAUGCACGCAAAGCCCAUGGACUGUCGAUUAGCGCUGAUGACAAGCUAUGCAUUGUCAGUCUAGUUGUGUUCACUGCUUACUGUGCCGGAGCUCUUGUCUGCGUGUGCACCUAUGGUGCGGGCCAGAGCUAUACAGGUCUAGAAGAGACUGAAUUGAAGAGCAGGCAGUACCUCCAGGCCAGGUAUGCCGACCCACUAUUGCAUGGCCUGACUUUGUUGUUGGCCCGAUUUUUAUUACUGUUGUCCUGCCGACGAACGUUCCCAAUCCCAGAUCUCCGCUUUCGCAUUGACUCAUUUAUCAUUUUGUCUGCGACCCUCUGGUUCUUCAAGACAAUCCCUCAGGUUUUGAUCUGCAUACCACCACGGUACUUUUGGGAUAGGUCUAUCGGUGGCGGCCGCUCCUCAUCGCAAUUGCAAUUCUGGACUUUUGGGAUCUUUGAUCUAGCGCUCGACGCUGUGAUGCUGUUCCUACUAGUACCUAGAUUUAUUCUACUGCAGGUUGGCGGGCUGAGGGUACAGUUGGCACUGGCAAUCUUCUUCGGGUCAAUUGUCAUCAUGACCGGUACAGUCCGUGUUGCAUAUGGAUGCAUAACGGAUGACUUUCUUGGUAUGCUAAGAUAACACGACAAAACCAUCAUUAUUGUGCUAAAGUGAACAGGUGAUUACGACCAAGUUACUCAAUGGUCCGUCAUGCAGCUUGUCUUUGCUGUUACGUGCACCUGCAUGCCUUGUCUCAUUACUGGAUUGUUAGUCAACGAAGCAAAUGGCGGCGACAGGCUUGUGUGGUUUGUUCUUCGGCUCCCAGAGAGGCCGAAUAGCAUUGAGAUGCCAACUCAAUCUCGAACUCCUGCUCAUGGCCAUACCGAUGUGCCAUUUGACGACCAUUCCUCCUGAACAAGCUUCAUUUGAGCAACAUGACAAAUAGUCUGCCGGGGACUUUGGGGCGGUCUGAUCACCUGUAUCAUCUUGCGCCGAAAGCUAAAGUGUAGAGGUUUAUGGAUAUCACG